AUGUAUCCGCCGAACACUGAGAAGGAUCUCGCCGCGGAAUUCAAACUUUCUCAGGAGGGAAUAAAGGUCGACUUGAAGUUGAGCCAUACCAAUCUCGAGUGGGCGUUCUUGUCGUCCAUACGAGUACUGAAAUGGGCCUCCAAGUCUGUGAAACCGGAUUUGAAAUCGAUCACCGACAUUCUGUACUUCACACUACUCUUCUCGAAGUUCUCACAUAACUGCGGAGGAAGCCAUAUCGUUCGGACAGCCUCUUCGAUCGAUACACCCGAGCGCAGAAUGCGAAUCAUCGCCAUAUCAACUGUCCAUUUAGCCACCUCGUUCGCGCUUCUUGGUAGCUAUAUCCCUCUCUUGACCAGUGUUAUUCAGAGCAGGAGAAAGUUCAGUGACACCGCAAAAGGCACUGCCGACCACGCGGCCGUGGAAACCUAUACCAAGGAUGCUGCGGGCCACACUCCAGAAACAUAUAACCACGGACGAAGCCAUCCAUCUGUAACUCCUCUCUUCCGCCGCUUCUUGCCGACGCAGCGUCUCGUCACCAUCAACUUCUUCUCACCGCAGCUUCUCGUCGCCACAACUUUGUGCCACCUCCCCCAACAAUCCAACCCUCGUUUACCUGCCCACAGCACAACACCAGAUUCUCCAGAAGCCGUGGCAAGAGCAAACCUACCUCAAGGACAAUUUGCCAUACGCCGAUGA